AUGAGUGUGGAGAUAGGUCUCAGUGCAUGCGUGGUUGCAGCGCUUUUCUUCGGGACCGUGUUCGUACCUAUUACAAAAUACGAUGCCGCAGACGGGAUGUUUGCACAGUGGGUCAUGUCAGUGGCGAUUCUUGUUGUCGGCUUUCUCGUCUUCUGUCUUGAGGGAUUUCCAGGUUUCUACCCACUGGCGAUGCUCGGUGGAAUGUUUUGGGCUAUCGGCAACGCAUCAGCAGUUCCAAUCAUUUCCAGACUGGGAAUGGCCCUUGGUGUCCUUAUCUGGAGCAUAACUGCAUGCUUGACGGGUUGGGCAGGGGGAAGGUUCGGUCUUUUUGGAAUGAGGCCAAAUCCUCCAGCAAGUGACAUUCUAAAUUAUGGUGGUUUAGUUUUCGUAAUUAUUGGAGGUGUGCUCUUUUCAAGAAUAAAUAGUGAUACAAAUAGCAUAGUUUCUGAAAAGGCUGCCAUAGAUUUAAAAAGAGCGAAAAACGAAGAGGCACAAGAAAAAAAGCAAGUAACUAAUGAGGACACAAAAACACCAGUAAAAGAAGAUAGUUCCGAAAACCCGGUGAUUAUGCAGGAAAGAAAACAACGUUUAAUUGGUUUCGUUACGGCAUUGAUAGCCGGAGUAUUUUACGGAAUGAUGCUUGUUCCUGUGAUUUAUAUGGUGGAAAAUCCAGAAACAUUCACUGGUUACCCACAGGAUUUCUUGCCUUAUAUGUUUUCGCAAAAUGUUGGAAUAUUCCUCACUGCUACGGCCAUGUUCAUUGGUUACGCCCUCAUCAAACGAAACCGCCCAGUUAUACCUCCAUUCAUAUUUCUACCGUCCUUUUUGGCUGGUUUGCUGUGGGGAAUCGCUCAAGCGUUCGUCUUCAUUGCCAAUCAGCACCUCUCUCAAGCGGUUUCUUUUCCAAUAAUAAUAAUGCUUCCUGGUUGUGUUGCGUCGACGUGGAGCGUAGUGUACUUCCAUGAGAUUAAGGGUCGAAGAAACCUCACAAUCCUUGCUGUUGCUAUGCUUGUUACCUUGACAGGAGCUGUGCUGGUCGGACUUUCCAAAGCAGUACACCUCUGA